AUGUAUACAGACCAUCAGUUCAUGUCCAAUGUACAAAUGGGCAGACCUUCUAAAGUGUGCUAUGGUGGGGCUGGUUUCUGCUCUGACGAUUGUAAUUGGAACUGCUGUAAUAUGAAUUCUGCAAACAAGUAUCUUGCUGGACAUGGAUCUUGUCUCACGCUUGUUAAUAUUAAUUUGUGCGAAUGCGAGUACUCUUGCUAG